AUGGCCCUUGAAAAAAAGCUCAAGAAUCCUUUCAGCGCAGAAGAAGAUUCUCUUCUCUCAAGCAUUGUCAACUAUUAUAUCCAGAACGGAAUGAGUGUUGAUUGGAACAUUGUCAGUGGAAGAAUGCCGAACAGAAAUGCGAGGCAGUGCAGAGACAGAUGGCAAGGCUAUCUUGAUUCAAGCAUUAACAGAGAUGAGUUUACUAAUGAGGAGAACUACUUUAUCCUCAAAAAAGUAGAAGAGGUUGGAAAGAAAUGGAAGGUUAUUGCUUCACAAAUGAAGCAUAGAACUGAUGUAGCUGUUAAAGCACAAUAUAGGAAACUUGUUCGUAGAAACAUUUCCACUGAUAAUGUUUUUCAUGUAUAUACAGAUUCAUAUCAGAUGAAAGUAAAUCCUGCAGUCCAGACAAAUGAUGUGAUUCAACAAGGUACAUAUUCCGAAUUAGAAAUUCAAAAUUCGGGAAAAAAUGGAUUAAAUUUUCCUAAUCAAAGCAAUGACGACAAUUCAAACAACUAUGAUGAUUAUAUCUCAUCAAUAUUUGCUGUUGAAGAUGAAUUAUUUGAUUCUUUUUUUAAUGAAAUUAGCGGCGGCUCAAAAGUCAUCGAUAAUUCAUUUUAA